AUGAGCAACUACUACGGGAACGAUUAUGCUCGUGAGCCAAACAGGCAGUACUACGGUACCCCUCAACAGGACCACAGCAACUACCCUUCCUAUCAGCCACCGCGUGACGAUGGCUACAAGCACGAUAUGGCCAUGGCUCGCUAUGACGAUGAAAGAGCUAGAUAUCAUGACAAUAGACCUUCACCUCGUGGAUCAUCUGACAGAUAUUAUGAUGACAGGCGUCCAGAAUAUGAAGAGCGGGACAGGCGCAAGAGCCGAAGUCAAAGUCGCCGAAGAAGCAGAUCUUCUCGUAGGUCGCAAGGAGAACGUGGAUUCUUUGGCAGUGAAGGCGACAAAGAGCACAGCAAGGGAAAAGACAUUGGUGCAACAUUGAUAGGUGGAGCAGUAGGUGCAUAUGCAGGCCGUGAACUCGGUCAUGGUGGUCUGGCUUCGACUAUUGGUGCCGUUGCAGGUGCGUUCGCUGGCCACAAGCUAGAGAGACGCUAUGAGAAGAACAAAGAGAAGCGCGAGGCUGGACAACAGUACGACUCAUAUGAUCCAGGGCGGCGCAGCAUCGACUACGAGGACAGCGAUGAUGGAUAUGGCGAUCAAAGACGGCGCGACCAUCACCAUCGUCGUGACUCAGAUAGGUGGAAGUAG